GUGGCUUCUGUAGCUAACAUGCAGCAUUCUGUAAAGACAAAGACGAAAAGGGGGAGGUGGCAUCUGCCAGUGGCGGGAUUUUUAAGAUUUGAAUCCUCCAAUAGAAUUCAGUAUAUACCCAUCCGCCAAUCAGAGAAGAGACAAGUGCUAUAUAUACCUCUUGAAUGCAGACAGGAUACCAGUGUCUUAGGUCUUCACUGUCUGAGUUGUUUCUCUGAUCCAUGGCGCGUACGAAGCAGACUGCUCGUAAGUCGACCGGCGGGAAGGCGCCCCGCAAGCAGCUGGCCACCAAGGCGGCCCGCAAGAGCGCGCCGGCCACGGGCGGCGUCAAGAAGCCGCACCGCUACCGGCCCGGCACGGUGGCGCUGCGCGAGAUCCGCCGCUACCAGAAGUCCACGGAGCUGCUGAUCCGCAAGCUGCCCUUCCAGCGCCUGGUGCGCGAGAUCGCGCAGGACUUCAAGACCGACCUGCGCUUCCAGAGCUCGGCCGUCAUGGCGCUGCAGGAGGCGAGCGAAGCCUACCUGGUGGGGCUCUUCGAGGACACCAACCUGUGCGCCAUCCACGCCAAGCGUGUCACCAUCAUGCCCAAGGACAUCCAGCUGGCCCGACGCAUCCGCGGAGAGCGCGCUUAAGCCGCUUUAGAAUAUUAUCACAUAUAUUGAGGAAAUAUUUUAUCCAACACAAAGGCUCUUUUAAGAGCCACUCCAUACACAGUAAAAGGGCUGUUGCACUGUGACAAAGCAAAAUUUUUAACUUUUUGAUCGAAUUCAGAAAGGUACAAAAUGCAAAAAUGAAACUGAGGGAACGUUUUUAGUGAAAA